UUAAAGCAGACUGCCUCCGUCUUGCAAUCUAAGAUGCUACAAGGCUCAAAUAUCUUCGGGCAUGAGAGGCCCUUGGUCGUCAGAGUCUCUUUCUCUGCCUGCGUUCUUGGUACUGUGUGCCUGCCACUGCUUGGACUCAUAAUUUGUGUAUUUAUAUCUUCUGUUUUUCACUUUGAAGAUGCCACUGGUACACACUGCCAGGUCCCGAAUUACCUGCCGUCUAUUAGUGCCUCGAUAAGCCUGAGUCCUGAGUGCUACAUAUGGCGCUUCUGUAUCGGCCUCCACUCAGCACCCAGAUUCCUGGUUGCCUUCACCUACUUCAAACUGUACAAAUCACGUUUUGCCUCUAAGUUUCCAGAGAGUCCCCUCAGCUGCUUGAACCUUGGCUUUUCCAUUUCUGAAAACCUCGGACUCCUGCUCCUCACCUAUGUGUCGUCCAGCGAGACGUAUUUUGUACAUAAGGAAGGAUUUGUUCUGUUCAUCAUCAGCUCUCUUAUCCACAUGCUGAUAACCUGCCGCUUAUGGAAAGCUAUCAAGAAAUAUUCACUAAGUCCUGAGGAUGCCAAGUCUCACAACUGGAAAGUACGCUUCUUACUUCUCAACGUGUGCUUUUGUGCUUUUGCUGGAUUCUUUUACUGGAAACACAACAUGUACUGUGAAUCAGGGAGCUACACAUUUUUCGCACUGUUUGAGUAUCUAGUGGUGUUCUCCAAUAUGGCCUUCCAUCUGACAGCCAUGUGGGACUUUAAGAGCCGUGAAGUUAUGGUCAUUUCAUCGUCUGAAGACAAAGACUUCUGACUAGAAACCCAAGGACUGAAUAAUAAAUUCACCACCGCUCAACCACCUGAUGAGAACAGCCUUGAUGCUGCUCAAGAUGAAGAGUGGGAUGAAGGCCUUUUUCAUAUAUUCCCCUGAUGGUGGCUUUGAAGUUCUCAAGCAUUCAUUGAUGUCAUACUUGAACACUCGGUGUGCACACAUGUUAUAAUGAGUUAAUUCAGUUCGCUGUAAGUGAAGUUUUUGCCUUGGUGUCUUUUUCACUGAUGCCUCACCUUCGAUACUGUGUGUUAUGUAACUUGAAAUUUUACCUUUUGUACAUUGCACAACAAAUUUAUGGUCAUACGAUUUACGUGCCUAAGUAAAGUGACUGUUUUUGAAUUAUGCUUGAUU